AUGGGUUCUGUACAUAUUGAUGAUUUACAAAGUCAACAUUCACCUGGAAAUGGGUUUGUUGACUUAUUACCUGGCCAGCCUGACAGCGAAGGCUUUAGAGCUUUCAAUGUCAAGGGUCUUUCGUGUGAUCAGGCCAUUACUAGAACUGGCAUGAGAGAAGAAAUUUUACUUUUAUCCUGGCUCAUCGUGCUUUUAAGGCUACAGGACGAAGGUAGCCAGAUAUCUUAUGACUGGGCGUACAAAACCCGAGAGGAUAGUUUCGAGCAUGAGCCCGUGAAGGGGUGCCUUUCGCUAGGCGAAGUGAUGAAGACAUCGCAAGAUAAUGUCCAGCAGGUUACUUCAGAAAUUUCACAACAUAUCACGAAAGUUGUAUCGAGACAGGAUGCCACUAUUUCAAGUCCUGUCUCGCUUUUACUGAGCACCAGUUCUUUAUCCCAAACGUCUGAAGAGGCGAUAGAUGAAGGUGUCCUCCACCUCGAAUUACGUUUUACGAACGAUCUUCUCGAAAUCCGACCCCUAUGGCACACCGAAACCAUAUUAGAAUUUACAGUCACACACUUCGUCGAGAGUCUAGUCGACACCAUCAAAUUGUGCAUUUCAACCCCCGAUGCUUCGAUCGAAGAAUGUCUCCAUCCAACGGCACGUGACCUGAACGAAAUUUGGCGGUGGAAUUACCAACUACCUCCAACAUACAGCUCUUGUAUGCAGGAUAUGAUUUCUGAAAAAGCAAAAAAACUACCUACUAAAGUGGCAAUUGAUUCCUGGGAUGGCAGUUUAACAUAUGCACAGAUCGAUCAAUAUUCCACUUUCCUGGCGUGCUCUCUCAGAGAAAUGGGUGUCAAGCUACAUGACGUCCUGCCUGUGUGUUUUGAGAAAUCGAGAUGGACAAUAGUAGCUGUUCUUGCGGUGAUGAAAGUUGGGGCAACUUUGUUGAUGACUGACCCAACACUUCCGCUUGCGCGCCUUCAAAAUAUGGCUGAACAAGUAAAUGCAAAAUUGAUAGUGACUUCUCGCGCCCAGUACGAUUUCUCAAAACUGAUCGUUCCAAAUGGAAAGAUUAUGGUAGUAGAAGAGAACACAUUUAUGAAUUCUUCAGAUUCGCCUGCUAGUCCACCGCUAGAGGCCGUGCCACCAUCUGCUUUAAUGUACAUAAUUUUUACUUCUGGCAGCACGGGUACACCGAAAGGAGUCAUGCUUUCACACGAGACUUACACAAGCAGUGCUGUUGCUCGAGCGAAAGCAGUUGGCUAUACAGAGGAGUCGAGAGUUCUUGAUUUCGCGGCUUACGCUUUCGAUGUCAGCAUUGACAGUAUGCUACUGACUCUUGGAAAUGGCGGAUGUCUUUGUAUCCCAUCAGAUGAAGAUCGACUGAACGAUAUAAACGGAGUGAUGCGGAAAAUGCAGGUCAAUUACGCAGGCUUGACCCCUUCAGUUGCUCGAAUUUUGGACACGGAUGUUAUAAAAUCGCUUCACGCCUUGGGUCUUGGAGGAGAGGCAUCAUCAGUGAGAGAUGUCAAUACUUGGGGUCAAUAUACGAGAAUUGUAAUAGGCUAUGGCCCUUGCGAGUGUACCAUCGGAUGUACAAUAAAUAGCGACACAGCUACCGGUAGAAAUUAUGUUUCUAUUGGAGAAGGAAAUGGCGCUGCUAUCUGGAUUACUCACCCGGACAACCACGAACAGCUAAUGCCUGUGGGUGCUGUAGGCGAAUUACUUAUCGAGGGGCCUAUCGUAGGGCAAGGCUAUUUGAACGAUCCCGCGAAAACUGCUGCAUCUUUCAUCGAGAACCCGUCGUGGCUUGCUGCAGGCCACAGUGGGUAUGCUGGUCGUCAAGGGCGUCUUUACAAGUCGGGAGAUCUUGGAAAAUACGAUCCUGACGGCUCUGGAGGUAUUCUGUUCGUUGGGAGGAAAGACACACAAGUCAAGUUACGUGGACAGCGUGUUGAGCUUGGUGAGAUUGAAAGUCAAUUGAUGGCCAGACUACCAUCGGAGAUCAGCGCAAUUUCUGAGGUGAUCACACCCCAGGGACUUGGAGGACAGCCCACAUUAGUCGCAUUUAUUGGGCCACAACAAAAGAAAGGACAAGAGGGUACUGAAAUAACGUCAAUUCAGCCUUCCGAAGAGUUAAGUCAAGCGCUGUCGAAAGCCACGUCAGAAUUGACCAAGGUUUUGCCGCGAUAUAUGAUACCAACCGCAUGUAUACCAGUCAAUUACAUCCCCGUUUUAAUCUCAAGCAAGAUUGAUCGUAAAAGACUGAGGCUGUUUGGUACCACGGUGGAUUUGAGGGACGUGAACGAAGAAACGACUAAGGCCAGUACUCGAGAUUUAACUGAUCUUGAAAAGCGUUUGCGUCAGGCUUGGGGUCAUAUAUUAAAGCUCGAUGCAGAAUCCAUUCGAAUCGAUGACAACUUCUUUGCACUUGGUGGAGACUCUUUGGCGGCAAUGAAACUCGUUACUGUUUGUAGGGAGGAAAGACUGGAUCUUAGCGUCAUCAAUACUUUCGGCCACCCCACACUCUCAGCCAUGGCCGAAGUCGUACAUGUUUCUAGCUCGGAAGCAGAGACUGAAAUUCCAGCAUUUUCAAUGAUUUCUCAAUCCGCCGAAAGUGCUUGCCUUGAAGCAUCACAGGUCUGUGGGUCCGAUCAGGCAGCUAUUGAGAACAUUUACCCAUGUACACCCACGCAAGAGUCAUUGUUUACAUUUGCGCUUAAAUCAACUGAAGUAUACGUCGCUCAAAGAGUUACAUGUAUUCCAUCCCAUAUCGAACUCGAUGUCUGGAAGAAAGCAUGGGAGAAUGUUGUUGCGGCCAUCCCCAUUCUUCGCACUCGCGUAGCCCAGCUCCAAGAACCUGGCCUUCAGCAAGUAAUACUCAAGGAAGGUAUCUCCUGGAGAAGUUCAAGCAACCUAGAAAAAUAUCUUGAGUGUGAUCGAAACGAAAGAAUGGACCUCGGACACAGCUUAGCUCGAUAUGCUAUUGUCAAUCAGCCAGACGAUGACAACCGAUAUAUGGUCUGGACUAUUCAUCAUGUAGUGUAUGAUGGAUGGUCAGAGCCGUUGUUGUUGAAAGCAGUUAGCAACGCUUUGCAGGGCCAGAAUAUCGAAAUCCAAGCAUAUAUGAGCGACUUUGUCAAAUAUGUGCGUGAUACAGAUGAAGUGGCCAUGCAAGAAUUCUGGAGAAAUGAAUUGGAUGACGCUGUUGGACCUCAGUUUCCACGAUUGCCGUCUAGAGACUACUUACCAACUCCAGAUGCGAAUCUCGAGAUCAACAUAAGCCUUGACCGCAGCACUACAUCCCCCUUUACAAUGGCAACAUUGAUUCGUGGUGCGUGGGCGCUUGUUGCAUCGCAGUAUACUGGAAGCGAAGAUGUGGUGUUUGGUGAGACUCUCGCAGGUCGGGACAUCUCAUUGAAGGGUGUCGAAAGUAUUGUUGGCCCAUUGAUCGCAACAGUACCUGUUCGCAUAAAUGUCAGCCGAUCAAGCUCCAUUGAAGCUUAUUUACAGAGUGUACAACAAAGCAUGUUGCACCGCAUACCAUAUCAGCAUAUGGGGAUGCAAAACAUUCGAAAAGUCAGCCAGGAUGCUCAACAUGCAUGCGAGGCUGGCACAGGGUUGGUCAUCAAUUCAGAGCCGGAAUACGUGGGCAGUGACCUCGGAUUCAAGUCAGGAGAUGUAGAGCACGAAUCUCUUCAUUUCAACCCUUAUCCGCUGAUGCUGGCCUGUGGAAUUCGUAAAACCGGGUUCAGAAUUUGCGCAAAUUUUGAUAGCAGCCUGAUUGAGAUUACCCAAAUGGAACGAAUGCUUGCACAAUUGAAGGUGGCUUGUUCGCAAUUGACUAAGGAUCUGUCCAGGAGAAUUGAUGAGGUAUCGUGUCUGCCAGAGGUGGAAUUGAAUCAAAUCUGGCAGUGGAACCAAACUCCUCCAUUGUCCUUGGACAAAUCUUCGAAGAGGAUCCGAGCAGACGCAAGUAUCAAGCAAGGGUCGAGUUACCCCCCAGCGGUCGUCUCUUGGGUGUGCGAUCCUCGAAACCCAUCUCUACUUUCGCCUAUCGGCUGUAUUGGAGAGCUGUGGCUUGAAGGACCUUUUUCUUCGGACGAAGCUGUUGAAUCUCCAGAUUGGCUCGUAGCCGGAAGCUCUACAUGUGGUGGUCGCACUGGCAGAGUGCAACCCACAGGCGAUAUGGUCCGCUUACUAGAGGACAAGAGCUUAGUAUUUGUUGGUCGAAAAGAAAAUGUCAUGCCAGUUCAAGGACAUGCAGUGGACAUCACAGAACUCGAAGCCCACUUCGCCAAAUACCUCCCACAAGCCGUACGUGCCGCCGCUGCCGUGUACCAACCAUCGUCAGAUGACUCUCAACAAACCUCAAAGCAAGAGCUACUGGUCUUCGUAGAACAACAACUAUCUGACGAGGGAGAUGUUGAAGUUAUAUCAGCCGAGCACGACCUAGUUUGCAACGCACCAGAUUCACAAAAUUUCCAGGCCACUAUUUGUACUAAGAUCUCUUUGAGUCUUGCUCUAGCACUCAAAAAGCUCGAUAAAUUUAUCCAAGACUCUCUUCCUUCAUACAUGAUGCCCUUUGCAUACAUCAUCGUUGACAAGAUACCAAAGGAAAGGAAGACUGUGGAUCACAAUUUGUUAAAUCUACUAGCUUCGAACAUUCCUCGAUCUGUGCUCUCCGAGAUUCGUCAAGGAUUCAGAGAGGUCUGGUUAAAUAACUCGGCGAAACAAAAUUUGACAAAUUCGGAAAGUGUUCUUCAGGCUGCAUGGGCUAAUGUACUUGGGAUUCCUUCAGAGAAGAUUGAUGUUGAUGACAACUUUUUCCGCCUGGGAGGUGAUUCUGUUAUGGCGAUGAAACUAGUGUCAGGUCUUCGCAUGCAAGGCCAUGGCCUAACAGUGGCUGAUAUCUUCCAACACAUGCGUCUUGGUGAUGCUGCUAGAGUACUUAGGGUAGACCAAGCAUCAGCUAACAAGGUUCAGCCUUACAAGCCAUUCUCAACAUUGAACAAUUCAGACAUUAAGACAUUCUUGUCCGAAGUUGUCCGGCCAAAGCUCGCAAAUCAAGAUUGGACUAUUCAAGAUGUGUCUCCAGUGACUGACUCCCAAGCACUUGACAUCAGAGGAACUAUUCAAUCAUUGCGCACUUCCAUACAAUAUACUAUGUUGUACUUUGACGAAACAAUUGAUCGCCUGCAACUAUUCCGUGCCUGCAAAGCUCUUAUUCGAACUCAUGCAAUUCUACGCACUGUUUUCAUUGAAUACGAAUCGAACUUCUUCCAAGUGGUUAUUGAUGAGUUAGAUAACCCAGAAAUUGAUACGCUACGAGCCGAAAACAUUGAACAAUGCGCCGCCGAGCUUUGCACAAGGGACAUCGAAUCAGGCUUCCAUCUAGGAUCCUCCUUUCUUCGGUUACUACACGCCGAAGACAACAAUGGUAAAGAAUGCCUCAUUAUAGGCUUGUCUCACGCUCUUUACGAUGGUGUUUCUUUGCCCAUGCUACUUCGAGAUUUGGAAGUUCUCUAUAAAGGAGAAAAAGUUGUUGAUUUUGAGCCUUUCUCGGCAUACAUGGCACGAAUUUGUGAUAAGAAUAUACAGACAACCGCCAUGACCUACUGGCGCAAUCUUCUAGAUGGCUCAUCAUUAUCCGUUUUGAAUGGAAAGUCUAUGGACCCUACAGACAAAGCAAUCUUCCAGACAAAAUCAGUCGAUAUCUCCCGACGCCCAGAAGAGAUCACCACGGCAAACUUGCUUACUGCAGCAUGGGCACUUGUCUUAGCACGUCGUCUUCAGAAGCCAGAUGUGACAUUUGGUAGCAUUACUUCAGGGCGAAACAUUGACCUGGCCGGCGCGGAGAAUGUCGUAGGCCCAUGUUAUCAAUUCACCCCCACACGUGUCUCGUUUGAGUCAGAGUGGACAGCUAUGGACCUGUUGAGAUUUGUCCAGAAGCAAAGUGCCGAGUCCGCAGCCCAUGAUUUCCUUGGAUUUGAUAAAAUAUCUAAACAGUGCACUCAAUGGUCAUCAGAUUCGGAGGCACAAUUCUUCGACUCCGUUGUUCAUCAUCAGGAUUGGGAUGAUUUCGAUACCAUGCCUUUUGCUGGUAGAGAAUGUAAAGUGGAUAUCUUAAAUCCACACGGAGAUGCGGCGACUCCUGUCAAAGCUGUAACUUUCGUCAAAGAUGGGCAAAUGCAUGUUGGUGUAGUUGGAAGUGAAAAGGAUACUGUGUUUGUGGAUGCAGCUCUUAAUGAGCUAGCUGCUGCUAUUCAAGAGUUGGCUAGCAGCCGAUCAGAGCUGUUACUUGAUGGUCAAAUAUUUUAG